AUGGGAUCGGUAGCGUCCUCAUCACUCGACCAAAUCCCGCUCUCCUAUGCCACCUGCUCAAUCGGCUGCGGAGCUAGCGACACAUUACCACGAAGACUGGAAGCAAUCGGCAAAGCAGGAUUUACCGCUAUCGAGCUCUCAUUUCCAGACAUCCUCGACUACGGCGAACAACUACUUGGUCACGAAAUCCCACCGGAUGACUACAAUGAGCUGACUGCGGUCGCCCGGGAGAUUCGCACUCUCUGCAAAGCCAAUGGCUUGUCGAUUAUGAUGCUGCAACCAUUCGCGAACUUUGAAGGGUGGCCGAAGGAUUCGCCCAAGCGGAAGGAGGCCUUUGAGAGAGCUGCAGGUUGGAUUGAGAUCAUGAAGGUUGUUGGCACAGAUAUGCUACAGGUCGGAGCGACCGAUACCCCAGCAAACAAAAUCUCCACAGAUCGCUCCACGAUCGUAUGUGAUAUUCGCGAACUGGGCAAAAUGCUUGCAAAGCAUAAAUUCCGCCUCGCAUACGAAAAUUGGUGCUGGUCCACCCACGCACCUGGAUGGAAAGAAGUCUGGGAAAUCGUGCGCGAUGUCAAUCUCCCCAACGUCGGUCUUUGUCUAGACACCUUCCAAACUGCCGGCAGUGAAUGGGGCGAUCCGACAUGUUCCACCGGGCUGAUCAAUGACCUACCCGCAAGUGAGCUGAGCAAGAAGUUCGUUGCCAGCAUGGAUGAGCUGGCGCGUACUGUCCCAGCAGAGAAAAUCUAUCUCUUGCAGAUCUCGGAUGCGUAUAAGGUGUCUCCGCCUUUAGAAGAUAAGGUUGUUGACGGGUUAAGGCCGAGAGGCCAGUGGAGUCAUGAUUAUAGGCCGAUGCCGUAUGACGGUGGGUAUUUGCCGAUCGAGGAUGUUGCCAGGGCAGUGUUAAAAACGGGAUUCCGGGGUUGGUUUUCAAUGGAGAUUUUUGAUGCGGGGGUCCAGGGGAAGGGGAAGAAGUAUGAAAUGGAACCGUUUGCGAAGAGGGCGAUGGAGAGUAUGCAGAAGUUGUUGAAGAACUGUUCUACGGAUACUUGA